AUGCGCCCGCUCCCCCCGUCGCUGCACCAGAGCCUCUGCAAGCGCGCCCUCGAAACGCGCCACUGCCAGUGGGACGCGCACACGCCGUUCUUCCCGCCGCCUGCCGUCCCCUCACUCACCCCUUCGCUCCCGCCACUGCCCCUGCCGUCCUCACCAAUUUUGUCGGCAUCUCUCGCGGCGACGCCUGCGGCGCUAAUCCACAGCGAUGGCGGGAGUAACGGCGGACAUAGCGGCGGCCAUUGCGGCGGCCAUGACGGCGCCGUCCCGUCUACGGCGGUCCCGACCCCCGCCGCUAUCUCGUCCAUUUCUGCGCUCCCUCGGCCUUUAUCUUUCACCUCCGUUCCGUCGCUGCACGCGUCGCAGCCUUCGCCGACGUCGCAGCCGUCGCGGCCGUCGUCCGCGUCCUCGUCGCCCGAACUGUCGCAGCUCGUGCCGCGCUCGCCGUACCUGUCGGCGCCGGAGUCGCACUCCAUCCCGUCCAUGCACGCGCAUUGUGCGACUGUGCCGCAGUCGCCGCCGCCGUUGUCGGACAGACCGGCGCAGAGCCCUCCGCAGCAGCAGCAGCCUCAACAACAGCAAUCGCAACGUCAACAGGCGGAACAACAACAGGGGACGCCAGUUCAAGUGGGGAGUUAUCAUCAUAGCCGUUAUCAUCACAGCCCGUCGGCCCUUGCGCGGCACGGAGACCACGACUUACUCGUCGUUGCGCGCGUCGAGUCAGCCGGGCUCGUCGCGGGCGAGAAGCGCGCACUUCCGCCUGCCUACUUGGCGGCCGGAACAGGCGGCCCCGCGGAGAUCGCUCCGCAAUUGGCGGUAGAUGGAGGGUUCCCCCAGCAGAAGCGAUCGUGCCCGCUCCCCCCGACCUCCCGGAACGGCGAGCGCGGAGCGAUCCGCGCGGAUUUCAAGGGGAAAGCCGCCUGCACGGGGGACGCGCAGCUUCCGGAGAGCGACAGAGCAGCGCCGGCGCCGUUCAGAGUGGCAGCGCCGUUCGGAGGAACAGCGGUAGCAGCGCCGUUCGGGAGAGCAGUGGGAGCAGCGCCGUUCGGGGGAACAGCGGGAGCAGCGCCGUGCGCGGUAGCAUCGUUGUACGGGGGAGCAGCGGGAGCAGCGGCGUUCGCGGGAACAGCGGGACCAGAGGCGUUCGCGGGCGCAGGGGGAGCAGCGGCGUUUGCGGAAGCAGCGCCGUCCGCGGUAGCACCGUGCCACAGCAGCAGCACCCACACCCUCCUCGUUGCGCCCACCUUGUUCCGCUCCCCUCCUCUCGCCCCACACCCCCCUCCGCACCUCCCCGCUUCAACCUGCUCGUCCCCCCACGUUCUCUCUUCUCCUCGCGUCCUCUCCUCCUCUCCCCACAUUCUCGCCUCUCCCCCACUCACACCCUCCUGCUCGGCCACACCACCCCCAGCGCCCCACCUCGGCCUAUCACCUCUCCACAGCCAAGCCUUCCAGGCGAAACUCUCCGCUCCCCCCUCCGCCUUCUCCUCCCCUUAUUCCCCCGCGCUACCAGCAUAUCCCCUCGCCCCGCUACCGUCCCCUGCACAGCCCUCCCCGCUAAUACCAGCAGCAGCAGCAGCAGCAGCAGCAGCAGCAGCAGCAGCAGCAGCAGCAGCAGCAGCAGCAGCAGCAGCAGCAGCAGCAGCAGCAGCAGCAGCAGCAGCAGCAGGAGCAGCAGCAGCGGCGGCGGCAGCAGCAGCAGCAGCAGCAGCAGCAGCAGCAGCAGCAGCAUCAUGCAGCAUGGGCAGUCCGCACAAGGCGCAAGUACCAGGGAGUCCGGGAAUGCCUCCUGCGGGGCUCAGGGCAGCCACCAUCCUCUCCAUUAUGGGAGUGGACGGCAACCGUUUGGGCGUGGACGGCGGCCGUUUGGGCGCGGACGGCAACCGUUUGGGCGCGGACGGGUGCAGGGCUGAGGGCAGUGAGGAUGGCCACCGGGCCCACACUCACGCAGCGCACAGCAGCAGCAACCAAGCAGCUGCGAAAGCUGUCCCUUUCACGGCGUUCCUCCCAAUGCCCCUUCGCACUGCAGCCGCCACGCUGCCACUGCCCUCUGCCCGUGCCUACACCAUCCCUGCUCUCAAACCCAUGCCUAUGGGCCUUCACCCCAUCUCUCCUGGUGUGCGCCUCAUUCCCUCUGCUCCGCUCCCUGCCCUGCCAGUGCGGUGGGGUGUGGCAGCAGCAGCAGCAGCAGCAGCAGCAGCACCUGAAGUGGCAGCUCCUGCGGUGGUUGCGGGUGGAGGAACGACAGGUGGAGCUAACUUGAAACAAGUAGGCAUGCAAGCAGGCGUCGAGGCACCUGUCUCUGUGAGAUACGGAGCCACAAACGGGGGUCUCAGUGAGACUGGGUCUGAUGGGGCGGGUGGAACGGUCAGUGGUGCAUUAGGGGGAGUGCAGAUGAGGGGGGGGGAGCAGGUGGAGCAGAUAGGGAGAGAAGAGGAGGACAGUGAAGGGACCAGGUGUGCAGGAACCGUCGGCGAGGCAGGUGGUACAAGCGAAACGGCGGCAACACGUGAGGAGGAGGAGGAACUGAGGAGUGGCUGCGCAAGGGCUGGGGAGGGCUGCUCUGGUGGAGUUAUCCGCCAAGAAAUCUGCGAGGGAGGAGGAGGAAGCAAGCCUAACGCUGCAGCAGCUGAAGAUGAGGGCAAGGGCAUGGGCGAAGGGGAGGAUGUUGUUUGUGCGAGUGAACAGAAGGGAGUGUGGAACGGUAGGAGGGAGAAGCAAAGAGAGGUGGGUGUGAAAGAGUUGGAUAGUGUGGUGUGUCCUCAGCCCAACAUGGCGGAUGGUGUGGUGGAUAGUGAGGAUGGUGUGAACGGUGUGAACGGUGUGAAUGGUGUGAAUGGUGAGGAGGAUGGGGUGGUGGGGAUGGAUGGAGUAGGGGAGUUAGAUGACUGCAUGGAGAGUGUGGUGGAGCUCUGGGGCGAGCUGAAUGAUGCUGACAUUGCCAGCAUCUGCUUGUGA